GACCAAAAAAAAAAAGGCGUAGCCUACGAAGGGGUUCUCGUGUGUGUUCCGUAGCCUUGAUAGUGGCUACAUUGUGGGAUACUCCGGAUACCCCCUUGAUCUACUGCUACCUCCAUCACUACCAACUCUAUUUCAACCACCAACAAUAGCAAACACCACUUACACCACCAAGAGGAGUACUGACACCACAACCCUCAAGAUCACCACCAUCGUCUCUAUCUGCAGCAUCUCUUCGCCACUAAAAUGAAGGUGCCAAUAGAUACCGCCUCCAUCAAUGUUGGAAUUCUGGGUCUGGCCUAUAUGUUCGUCUUUACCUCCUUCCAGACGCAGGGUAACAUGCAGCAAGUGGUGAUCAAGAGUAUCAAAAUAGAAAACCCAAACUUCGUAGUUUAUGGUUACACAUCACUGGAAAUUUUAUUACGCGUUUUUCGCCAUUUUCAAUGGCUGUCUCCAUCAUGUCUCAGUUACCUUGGCCCAAAGUCACCAUGUCAUUGGGGCAUUACUUAUGCAAUAUUCAUCGCUGGAUUCUUGUGGCCUCAAACAGUUAUUCUCUAUUUAACAUCUGUUUUGGUGGGUGCUGGAGCUGCAUUGAUCUGGACUGGUCAGGGAAAUUAUCUCACUCUCAUGUCCACUCAGAAGACAAUGUCUCGCAACUCUGGAAUCUUCUGGGCUAUGCUUCAAAGCAGCAUGUUAUUUGGCAACCUCUUUGUAUUCUACCAAUUCAUGGGCAAAGAUGUUAUUGACCAUCAUACACGGACUAUUGUGUUUUCGGCUCUGACAGUUGUUGGUAUCAUCGGUAUUGGCAUUAUGUGUUUGUUACCAAAACCUGGCGCAGAUGGCAGUGGUCGUGCUGAUGAAAGUCUAGGCAGUCCCUUUGAGGCUUUGAAAAAGUCUUUCAAUCUCUUCAGAACAAAGGACAUGAUUCUUUUAUCUGCAACAUUUUUCUAUACAGGAAUUGAACUGUCAUUCUUCAGUGGAGUUUAUAGUGCUUGUUUGAGUUCAACCCUUAGAUUUCCUGAUCCAAAACGCCUUGUAGGACUUUCAGGAAUGUUUAUUGGUGCUGGAGAGAUAUUAGUUUUAAUUUCACUUUCAUCAUUUCAUUUCAGUGAAGUGAUUGCCAUGAUGUGCAGUUUCUUGUUGGGCUUUGGAGAUGCUUGUUUCAACACUCAGAUUUACUCCAUACUUGGAACUGUUUAUGAAGAUAAUUCUGGACCUGCUUUUGCACUUUUCAAGUUCACUCAAUCCCUCUCAGCUGCUGCCUGUUUCUUUUACUCAAGUGUAUUUGAACUAUACUGGCAUCUUGCAGUCUUAGUGGUUUUUGCUACCAUAGGUACAUUGACAUUCUGUAGUGUUGAAUGGAGGGCUCAUCGUCGCCUGAAGGCUAAACCAGAUACAACGGCUUUUGACUGAAGGCCACUUAUUGAAUAACCUGUAUAUGUAAACUAGUUUUUAUAAUAAAAAUGUACACAUUAA